UUCUUCUUCUUCCUCUUCGUCCUCAAACACACUCCAUAUAAAGCCCCUCCCCUCACUUCCAAAACCCUAACCCUAACCCUAGCCCUAACCCUAACCCUUUCUCUCUGACCUUCACCAUGAGCCUCUUCCCCAGCUUCGACCUCUUCGACCCCUCUCUCCUCCCCCUCUCCCUCUCCGCUCACCACCCCGACUCCCUCUUCAUCGCCCACGACCUCCACUACUGCUCCUACUCCGAUCCCCUCCUCGCCCUCGACCUCCUGAACCCUAACCCUAGCCCCUUCGACCUCUGCCCCUUCUUCGCCUUCGACCUCGACCUCGACCUCGCCGCCGCCGAUCUCGCCUCGUUCCGGCGCUUCCGCGAGCGCGCCGAGGCCGAGGCCUCGCUCCGCAGCCUCGGCGACCGCGUCGCCGCUCUCGAGCUAGGGUUCGACCGCGCCGUCGCCGGCGAUCGGAGGUACAAGUGGACGGCGGAGAUCGGGGGGGAGAGGAAGUACAAAUGGUCGGCGGUGGCGAAGGGGUCGGGGGAGCGGAGCUUGAAGUGGACGAAGGAGAUCAAGGGGGAAGGGCACGACGGGUUCGAUCGCAAGUACAAGUGGGCGGCGGAGAGGAAGCUCGGCGGGGAAGGGGGAGUGAAGUGGACGGCCGAGAUCAAGGGGAAGGGGAAGCGCGAGCCCCUGUCGCACACGUACUCGUUCCACAUGUCCACGCCCAAGCUUGGGAAGGAGGAGGAAGAAGAAGAAGAGGAGGAGGAGGAGGAGGAGGAGAAGAAGAAGAAGGGGAAGGAGAAGAAGAAGGAGAAGAAGAAGGAGAAGGCGUGCGCCGCACGUGCGGUGGAGAUCGAGGAGAAGAAUCCCGGCGCCAUUGUUGUGAGAAGGGCUUUUGCUAGGAGCUAUAACAAGGGCAAGAGGAAGGAGCUGUCGCCACAAGAUGCUGCAUUGCUGAUCCAGAUGUCGUUCAGAGCUCAUCUGGCCCGGCGUUCUCAGGUGCUCCGCUGCCUUCGGGAUCUGGCAAUAGCCAAAGCAAAACUGAAGGAGAUCAGGGCCUUGUUCACCAACUUCCCUUAUCGCCGCCGGAUUGCCCACGAUGCGGAAGAGCGCCAGAGGUUCUCUGAGAAAAUUAUCGUCCUCCUGCUGACUGUUGAUGCCCUUGAGGGACCCGACUAUAUGGUGCGGGCCGCGAAGAAGUCCAUGGUGGACGAACUCGAGGCAAUGCUGGACAUGGUGGACCCGCAGCCGCCCGGGAAGCUGAGUUCGCUGAGGCGAAGAACAUUCGACCUUCCUGACGGCGCACAACUCUCCAAGGAUAUGACGUCCAGCGUGGAAGAGGUCAUCCAGCUGAUCGAACGGGAGGCGUAGCGGUCCGCAGUAGCUUUCUAGAGAGAGAAAAGCAGGUAACUUAGUCGCUGAACCUUCUUUCUCGCGUACUUAUGAUGUUUCAAUGUCUUUGUAGCCUCUAUGUUUAAUAUGUUUGCACCAUUUCCCGGUCGUUUCCUCGGACUUCUCCGGAAGAUCCAAUGAACUGCUCUUUGUGUGUUAUUAACUAUCUAUUCUACUUUGCACUGUUUGUUUUGCUUUUGCCUA